GCUCGAUCAGCAGCUGACGGGUGACGCUUCCGGGACAAGAACGCAAGUAGCAUGAGAUAAGAGAAUCGCCGUUUCCUCCUUUCAGCCAAGGUUUGGUUGAAGCGCCUUUAAUCAACCGGAAGAAGAAGACGUUCACGCGCCCUCACACGGAACCGAGGACGUCGAGUCACACAGUGCAAGAUGUCAUACUCAUCCCGGAGUUCCUCUCGCACCUCUGACUGUAAGGUCUAUGUGGGUGACCUUGGUAAUGGUGCAGCCAAAGGUGAGCUGGAACGAGCCUUCAGUUACUACGGGCCAUUAAGGAGUGUAUGGGUCGCCCGGAACCCUCCAGGUUUCGCCUUCGUAGAGUAUGAGGAUGCCAGAGAUGCAGAGGAUGCCGUAAAGGGGAUGGAUGGAAAGGUGCUUUGUGGAGCCCGUGUCAGAGUUGAGCUGUCUAAUGGUAUGUCCAGAAAGUCCCGUUAUGGCCGUCCCAGCCGCAGGCAAUUUGACCCCAAUGACCGCUGUUACCAGUGUGGGGAGACAGGUCAUUAUGCCUACGACUGCUAUCGUUUCAGCAAGAGGCGAAGCAGACGCAGCAGGUCAGGAUCUCGUUCCCGGUCCAGAUCUCGUGGUCGCCGCUACCGCUCUCGUAGUCGUAGCAAUGAAAGGAGGUACCGUUCACCUUCAUACUCGAAACGCAGAAGCAGGUCAGGAUCCCCAGGCCGCUCCAGAUCCAGAAGCCCUGGUGGCCGGUCACGUUCACCUGUACGCCGGUCAAAGAGCCCUGUUCGAAGGUCCAGAUCCAGGACACCUCUUCAUAGAGACAGUCGUUCUCGCUCCCGUUCACGGUCUGGUUCCAGGCAGAGGGAUCGCAGUGUCUCCAGAUCUCGCUCUCGAUCUCGUUCGAUCAGUCACAAGAAAGACAGUCAUUCCAGGUCUGCCAGCCCAAGGAGAAGUCCAACACCGGAUGCUGACUGAUCUGAAUACUGAUGCUUCACCCCCAUUCCCCACCUUUGCCUCAGGGCUGAAAUACAUUUUAUCUUCCCCAUGAGUUCAAUACUGGUUCUAUUGUAGCUGCAAAGCUUUUUUUUUUUUUUCUCGUUCUUCUCCCUUCCCAGAAUUCAGUGACACCUCCUCCCACCUUGUAAAAACAUCACUGUCAUCUCAAGCAGCUCAUGCAUAUUUUCCCUUUUAUCCCCCCUUCCCUUUGAAUUAUUUUUUAAGAGCUCAAUUAUUUUAAUUUUCAGUGUUGAGCCAGUGUCCUGUGGUCAGUGAUUUGUGGGUAAGGUGGUGAAUGAGCUAUGUUGUGAUUUAGUCAGUGUAUUAUAUGAACUGAGUACGCUGUGAUUUGUUUGUUUGUAGAAGGUUUUUUUUUUGGCAUUGAAAAUGGCAAUGAUCUUUUUAAUAAAGCUUUACAAAUCCAA